UUCCGGUGACAAAAUGACGAUGAAAACCUUGACAAAUGACGAUGAAAUAUGAUAAAUCAACACCAGAAAGGUAAUUUAAGCCGUGUUUAAAGACAGCAAAACAGGAUUCGGAUAUUUCAAUUUCAGCCUCACGAAUAAACGAUGAGGUUGGAAGAAAUCUGGCUCGUUCUGAUUUUGGCUGUGAUGGUCACAGAGAUUGUGGAGAGUAGGAAACAGUAUGAGUUUAAACAAUAUACAUUCAGGAAAAAGAGGGACGACAGAAGAUAUAAGAAUGCCAAAGCUUUGUGUGACGUUCGGCAAGACUGUCUGUCUAAGUUUGGAGUUGAGCAGACAGCAUGUGUCAGGAAGUGUAUCUCCAGCCUCUGUUACAGUCAGAUCUACGAAGCUGACCCGUUAGAGGAGGGGGAGAUAGAUGUCAGAUUGAACUCCUUUAAGGGCUGUCUGUCCCAAGACAAAACCAACCAAAACACAGAAAAACUGCCAGGGGAGGUUAAUCACGAUCUAGGCUUGGGAUAGACAUUUCAUUUCAACCUUUUCUUCAACAUUAUGGAGGCUGGCAUGCAUUGUUUGUGAAUGAAUGUUUGUUUAUCUGUAUUCAGUAACAGACAGUGAAUGUACUGAUAUAUGUAUAGUGAAAGAACCUAAAAUUAUACAUGAUGAAUGCUGGAUCUAUAUAAAUUGUAUUCAUAUGUGUGUGCAGAUUUAUAUGAUUUACAUUUGCAAUUAAAUAAUUAAAGAAAAAUUUCAAUUGGUA